GCAAAACGCCGGGUUUUACCCAGAAUUCCCAUUGCCAGCAAGAGCACGAUGGUCGCGAGCACGGACGUCGACGCGACCUUGCCGCGCGAGACGGCGCCGACCGCAGCGCCAACGUACUGGUGCCACGAGUGUGCGUCCAACGUCGCGACGAUCUUCAACGUCGAGUCGCACGAGCUCGAGUGCCAGGGCUGCGGCGGCUGCUUCGUCGAGGAGCUGGAACAGGACGCUGCGGACCGGCCCCAGAACUUUGUGCCGCCGACGGCCGAGCCUCCGCGCGACGAGGAGCAGGACGCGUCGCCUCCUGGCAUGUUCCGGCUGGAGCUGCCUGCGCGCCUGGAUGCCGAUCGCGCCGCGUCGAUCGAGGCAAACGCACCGUACGCACAGGCGCUGCCUCGCCGAGAGGAUGGGCGCCGUGCAGGACCGCUGUUUGAGGCGACGUCCAACGGCGCCGCCCGUACCACGCGCAACCGCAUCUUCACACGCACCGGCAGCGGCCGCCCCGUCGAAGUGUACAUUUCGGGUGGCAACGCGAUCGGCGGCUCGGGCCUCUUGAACGCGAUCGGGUCGAUGCUCCAGAUGCAACCCGGGCAAGGUGCCCCCGCGACCAUUGGCGACUACGCCUUUGGCAACAUCUCGACCAUCAUCAACCACCUGAUGCAAAACGACCCGACCCAGCAUGGCGCGCCACCCGCCUCCAAGUCGGUCGUCGAGAGCCUGCCCGUCGUGCACAUCACCGAGGAGGACGUGGCCAAGAACCAGGACUGCGCCGUGUGCAAGGACAUGUUUGCCGUCAAAGACGAGAUCCGAAGGCUGCCUUGCACCCACGACUUUCAUCCGGACUGCAUCUUGCCCUGGCUGGCCCAACACAACUCCUGCCCCGUCUGUCGCUUUGAGCUGCCCACCGACGACCAAGAGUAUGAAAACCACAAACAGCGUUCGAACCGCGCGUCAGCAGCUUCGACCAGCCGCGCGUCGACGUAGCCACUGGCCGCACCAAUGCAUAGCUUGUGUAUCCCUGCGUCUCGGUUGUAUAACGUCCACGAUUGACGUGUAUGUAUGUGUUGCAUCUCAACCGCCAGCGACGGAGGUUAGGGGUAUUUCCAAGUGUGGUCGCCUCGUCCGUGGCAGCCUGCGAUCGGCUAGCUUCCAGUGAAUGAUCAUAUAUAAUAAAGCAAUGAGAGCCCGAGUAGAGCUG